CUGACAGCCUGGAGAAGAGGUUUGGUCAUCAAUAUCAGAUCGGCAGGGGUCUGACUUGCGACACUGUUUGAAGAGGCCGCAACAUUCCAGUUUCAAGGCCAGUGACAUCACGUUCAUUGGUCCCAGAAUCUACGCGCAGCUCAGUCACAAAAGGUGGGAAAUAUUGGAGUCCAUUUGAGAGGCCAAGAACUUACCCUUUACAACACGCACUUAGCCAACUUAGAUGCGGUGACCCAUAUACUGGGAAUCGCUUGUCACGGUCUGGUUCUUUGUUGUUUUUGCCUUAAAAGUAAUAAAAUGGAAGAAGAGGUGGAGGAGUUUAGACCUGGCCAAGCCAAUGGUCGGUGUCUUCAAGAAUCCAGUGGGGAAGAUUCAGAAAUACUUCAAUCCUCACUGAUUCAUAGGACAACAGGGGACAAACAGCCCUCACCGGACUGCGGCACAUACUCAGUGAAGGAACCAUUGGCAAAAUCAGAAAAUACAAUCAAAGAAAAUGGUGCCAGCAUGCGGGAGCUCUCUCAGAUGGUGCAGGAGGUGUGGAAAAACAGCAGCUGGUGGGAGAGAUAUGGAAUAGACUGGAGUAUCUUUGGACUGGCAUUCUGCAUGUUACCGAUUGGUUUCCUGUGUCUCAGAUGCCAAAGCCUUUUCGUGUGUGGACUUGGCCUCUUUUUCCUUGGACUGGUUCAUGUUGUCUUCACGGUCAAAGGAGGUCACAUGUCUAGUCACCGCACACUGUGCCAAUCCCGAACCUGGAGCAAGUUUUGGGCCACAUUCUUCAUGGAGGUGUGCUCCUGCAUACCAGUUCCAUGUGGAGAAGAAGGGCAUGUCAAAUUACAUCAUGGAUACACUAACAUUAUUGGUCUAGGGGACUCCAGCAUCUGGAAGAUUCCAUACCUUAGCUGUGGCAUCUACAUGUUUGUGGCACCCCUGGCGCUGCCUAUCAUCACUGUACUUGUUGGAGUUAAAUAUAUAACUCAGAUGCCAUUAGUCCCAGCAAUGCGCAGUCUUUUAUGCAUGGCUUUUGGUUUGUGGAGUCACUUUCAAUUGCUUGUACACGCCUCAGGCUUGAGUUAUUCGUCAGCCCUUGGGUGCAUGUUCCUCUCCAGAGCUCUGUUAGCCAUACCAUUUAUACAUGUCAAUAUAUUUCAGCACAUUGGCCUCCCAAUGUUUUCCCCAUCAAACCGCCCACAUCGCCUCCAACUCAUGACUAACGCAGUGCUAAAUCUGCCCCGAAACCCAAUCCUUGACUGGGCAUUUGGACACUCCAUCAUCAAUUGUCACGUGGAACAUCAUCUUUUCCCGCAUCUGUCAGACAAUAUGUGUCUUAAGGUAAAGCCUUUGGUAUCCAAAUAUGUGUGUGAUCACAAUAUGCCCUACCACGAGGACACAUAUAUGUCACGUCUCCACCUGUUUCUGAGCAAUUAUAAUGAGCUGAUGGUCCAGGCUCCUCCUAUUGCACAUCUGGUGGAAUUUCACUGAGGUCCAUUGAGCUCCUACAAUACCCUCUAUACACGGCACUCUACAUUUCCAGGUUCUGCUCAUAUCCUCAUAUACUGUCCGUACCAGAAACGUCCAUGAGGAGUUGUUCUAUAAUUUAUAUACAUAUUUUCCUUGUGAGGUACAGGGCUGGUUCUAGCUUUGUUAGAGAGAACUUGUCAUGUACUAUAUGAUGUCUGAUUUUUAAUUUUUUUACAUUAAUCAUGGCAUAACCCCUUUAAAUAAAAUGGCAGCAGGUUUGGUGGUUGUCAGAUCCAGCAGAUCUGGGACGCACACAUUUACUAAGUAAAAUGCAUCAGAAUUUUUGCACAUGUUCCUCCAAAAUACUGGUUCACAUGCCAGUGCCAGGUUUGUUACAAAAUGUAUAUUUCUUGAAAUGAGGUGCAGCUUGGAGCACAUAUGCAAAAUCUGUACCAGGGGCCUCUGAACUGUACUACACUGAUAAUAAUAGCGCCAUCCAUUGACAUGGUAAGGAGUCUUAAAUGAGCUUUGACUACAGAUCAGAGACUAUAUUGUGUAGUAUGCAGGUUUCUCCACUAGGUGGUGCUAGAACAAAGAAUAAACAUCUAGCGGAAUAUGUCUACUAGCGAUGGACUAGAGCUGGUCUAGAAGGUUAUUUACUUUGUUUUUGUAGGGGGAGUGGUGAGUGACAACCAGUAUGGCCUCCAUUACAGCUCCCGCCAGAGUUGUCUGUAGGUUUUCCUAUUUUUCUAAGUAAAAUUUGUUCUAUGAUACAUUCACCUCUCAAGUAUUGAGUGUCUGGGAAUGCAAAAUGACAAGUUCUGUGGGAACAAUGACAGUGGACGUAUCGGAUGUUUUCCAGAAAGAUACUGUAGAUACUGAUAACCGCAGAACAACUGAAUAUAAAAGAAUAGAACGUAACAAAGAAAAUGGGACAUCCCCAUGGAAAAUAUUUCAAGGUACUAAACUGCCCACCUGUAUACAGUCUGGAGGCAGCCAUACAUGGCAGACAGAUAUCUUACAGUCUUCUCUAAUCUCAGACUUUAGCUUCUUUCCCUGAGAAAAUGUCAAGUUAUCGUAAAGAAAUUUUUUAACGUGAGAUCUGAAUCCUUUGCUUCAUUCUGGAGAAUAAGUACUGCAAAUGAAGAGUUAAGUGCACUAAGGGCAGGUCCAAGUCACCCA